AUGGCUGCGGCAUGUCUCUCCGAGGUGUCGCCUAGCCUCACCUCUAUCGGCCGCCAACUCCAGGACCAAGCAGCGUUAUGCCUGUCGGUAGAAGCUCGAGGUCCUCAAGUAGAAACUUCGUCCCUGCUAGCAUUGGUCAUGCUCGGCAUGAGUCGCAGCUGGCAUGAUCCCGAGAGCGUUGGACAACCUGAGUUCGAAAUACUUGCCAAGCUCGUAUCCUCUUCUGAGAGCUUUCAAACAAACCCGAACUUAGUUGAUAAGCAAAGGAAAAUCUUUUUCCACAACUCUCUUGUUUAUUGGCAGAUGUUGCUUGCAUUUGUCACUGACCGAGAGCCCAGUCUUCCUGGCCUAGUGCCUAGUCAACCGCAACUAGUCCAACCCGAUGGGUCGGAGUUGGCAGAGCCGCGCAUGCCUCAUCCCCAAACUGGGAUUGGAAUCGAAGUUCAGACACUAGUGGCGAAAGUUGGAAACCUCAUUAGAAGAGAAAGGAAACGCAUUCGGAAUCGCCAGUUUGUGUCUCAAGGGGACAUUGACCAAGCCAAAGCAGCUAUUCUUGAUGCUGAGCACCUAUAUUCUGAACUUUGCGCAAUUCAACUGCCGGGAGAGAACGCCGUUAUCGAUUCCGGUGAUGAGAUGACUCCUACUGAUCACCUGUUGAAGGUUGCCGAGGCUUAUAGGUGCACAGGGCUACUACAGCUCUAUCGGAACUUUCCUGAUCUUCUCCCAGCACACGUGUCGUCGGACGCUUUAACAGAUCAGUUCAUCAACUCAAGUGCCUCAGAGAAUACGUGUUCGGGAACGAAUACUGGGUCACAAGAUGCGUAUCUGACAUGCUUGGCCCUCCACAUCCUCGAUCUAGUACAUGACAUACCCGUGUCAUCAAGAAGUCGAUCCAUCCAACCAUUGUUGUUUGUGAGCAUUUGCAGUGAGCUGUCACUUGGCCGUAGUGGUUGCUCGUUUACCACUUUACAAAGAGCACCCGUUGCAAGCAUUGCCAGUAGUCGGCGGUUUAAAGAUCCACUUACAGACCUUGAGAUCUUGCGGUCAAGGAGGUUUGUUAUCUCUCGUCUGUCCUCUUUCCAGAAUAUUCUGGCUGCGAAGCCCAUUGGUCGCAUGUUGCUGUUAGUUAAAGAGACUUGGAAAUGCAUGGAGGAGGGUCAGAACGUAUACUGGAUGGAUGUCAUGAUGGAGAAGGGCUACGAAACUCUUAUGGGCUGA